AUGAUAAAUGUUUCAUCUACUUUUAGAAGUCCAAAAAAGAAUAAAUAAGACAUAAAUGAAUUGUUAACAAUCAUUGAUGUGUUUAAAAAAAACUAGAAAAUAUAUUUAUCUUAAAAUCCCAAACUUAUUUCAAAUAUUCAAUAUGAUGAACCUUCAUAACUUGUCUCAAUUAAUGAAACCUUACCAUAUAAAAGUAAAAAUAAGAAGAGUCGUUCCACAGAAUAGAUCAAUUUAAAAUUGAUAUUAGAAACAUGGUAAGCUAAAUAAAUAUAUAUCAAAGAUAAUAUUGUUUCAUAAAAUAUUUCAAGAAAUAUUAUUAAUGAUCCUGAUAACUUGUAAUCUUUUAAAUAUUAUUAUGGCAAAAAAUAAUAAUUAGCUAUCACUAAAUCAUAAUAAAAUUAAUAAUUUCAUUCUUAAAGAACCAAUAGCAUUACUAAAAAUAAUCAAACAUAAAUUAAAUUACCUCCAUUAAAAUCUAUAAAUAAAUUACUAGCAACUGAAUCUGAUAAUAAACCAAAAAGUACUUUAGGUUCCAUAACUAAGAAAAUGUUUUCUUCAGACAAAGCCUUAUCCCAAGAUGUUUAUAUGCCUACUGCAACAAGUAUAUUAUUUAUAUUUAUUUAUUUAGAGGUUCCUCCAAUAAUUCUGCCUAAAAUAGUUUUGAAUAAAACUUAAGAAUGAUUAUAGAAAAAAGAAUUUAAAAAACAUAAUUAUUAUAUUUUAUGAGUUUUUUAUUGCCUAUUGUUUCUGUAAUUGGAUUUCUUGCUUCAAUAGUCGCAUUUAGUAUAAGCGUAGAGUACAAUGAUUAACAUAUCAUUUGAGUUUAAAAAUUUAAUUGGGAUCAAUGUCUUUAGACAUUAGUAGAAUAGCAUUUUUCAGAACUAGAGAAAUCUAUGCAUCCUAAAUUCCAUAUUUAGAAGUAAAUAUCUGAGUUAAAAUUCUUAGGCAGUUUCCUUUUGUAUAUUUUUAUUUAUAGCCAUUAUAAGAACUGUUGAAUAUUUUAAGAUGUAAUUUGAAUUAAAGAAUAAAUUAGUGAUUUUAAGAUGGUUUUGAGUAUGAAUGAUGGUGAACCUGAAAUUUAUUAUUUAACUAGAGCUAAAUUAUAAUAAUCAUUAGAAUGGAGUAAUAUUGCAGUGACUUAAGCAUUUAUAAUCUUAACUUUAGUAUGAAUUAUAAUAAAUUAGGCAUUAGCUUUAUCAAUUGGAAUAGUAUUUUGUUCAAAUGGUCACUUUUAUGCAUAAGAAUUGAUUAAAAAAUUCAUUAAUAUAGAAAAGUUAUCAGAUUCAGAUAAGUAAAUUAUAUAUUUUUUAAUUGUAGAAAUACUUUAUCAGAACUUGAUACUUAAUCUAUUAAAUUUAUUGUCAUUAUUGUACUUAAUGCAUUAGCCUUAGCUUGUGUAUUUUUCCAAUUUUUAAUAAUAAUAAUUAAAAAGUUGAGAUUAUGA